UUCAGCACUCACCUGUCGCUUUCUUGACAGCCCAACACCUUGUAAAAACAGCAAAUUGCAUUGCUUGUGUAAACACGGUGUUACCAUCACACCUGCUUUUUUGAAUGCUUUAGGUCAUAGGGUGUUGCUAGUGUAGAGAAGAGCUGGUGCUGUUUAAUGGGUUUAGGGUAUGUUGCUAGAUUGUCUUAACGCUUCUUAGUUAACCUAAAGCUGAUUUGUUUUGACAACACUCCAUUUACACCAGCUUAAAUGCACACUAAAGCAUUUUUUUUAGUUUCAGUGUUUAUUGUUCUUUCUUGUUUUUCUCAUUUGAGUAUUAUGUGCUAGAUUUAAUGACUAGCCUGUAUGUUUGUUUACAUUUAUAGGUCAACAGUUUUCCCAUUGACCAUAAAUUUGAAUAAACUACGAAAGUAGUUUUGUUAGCUAAAGUUGUUUAUCGUUUUAUUAGUGCCAUUUAUUGAGCCAUUCUUAAGAUUUAGAAGGGUUUAGGUUAUGUUUACAUCACAACAAUGUACUACAGAAUGCAUGAUGUUUUCACAAAUUAGCAUUUUUGUAGUUUACACUAGCAUAGAGAAAAGCAUAGCUAAGCUAACAUAAUUGUUAUAUUCAGUUUGCAUUCUCAGCUCCCUAAAAUGUAAAGGAACGGAAAAAAUGUAAAUUCCACCUUAGUUUGAGAGAGCUUGAGGUUUCCAUGAUGCUGUCAAACGUCACAGUGAUUGUCAAAUUUUUAAUUUUGUUUGUUGUAAAUUAAAGUCCCUAUUCUCCUCACAGCUCAUAAUCAUCUUUAAUGUCCUGCAUGUAAAGCUGUGUGGAUUUCACACUCCCUUUUUUUAAAGAUGGCAUAUGGCAGCUGUCAAGUGUAUUUAGCGUUUCAAUAUUUUGGCUGUUAUGUGUUUCAGUGAUCAGUAAACAUAUAAAACUCCUGAAGGAAAAAUCUUAAAUUUGUGCAAAAAUAUAUAUAGUUAUAUAAUUAUAUAGUAUAUAGUUUUAGCAGCAACAACAUGAACAUUAUGUGGCCCUAACUUAACUUCCGGUAGACAUCCGCAAAGAAUCUGUAAUUGUUGAGUAGUUUUAAAUGUAUGUAUUACAAUUAUUAUACAAUAAAAUAUUAAUAUUAAUUUAAAUUAAAUUGAAAAUAAAUUGCUGUAUUAUAACUAAGGGCCAGUGCGUGCAUCCGAUGAAACCGUCUAUAGAAUGGUAUUUACAAAAGGCAAUAAGAAUGUAUAUUUUAAACUUCAAAGCAUGUGUCUUGGCCUAAAUGGAAAAGUUGCAAUUACAAAGCUAUGAGCACUCUGCUCAUAUUGGCCUCUGUCCUUUUUAAGCAUGUUCUUGUCCUCUUGCCAGUGGCUUAAAAGCAGACUUGUCUCACAAAUAGCUGCCCAUGCAGAGGAUGUGAUCACCGGGGCUGUUUAUGCAGCGAUGAUGUCUCCCAUUGUCCUGCAAAGCGUGGCAUGAAUGAAUCUGUACCGGCAUCCACCAGAACGAACGUUCUGCGUGACUCAUGGUUGUGAGUGUAUUUUUAAGCCAGUUUUUGCAGUUUCUGUGGAGGUGGUGAGAUGCUGGCAGCACAGGGGCUCUCCAUAUCAGCUGUGGAAGGAAACGGUUGCCGCUGAUUGCUGCAAUGACUGGCAUCAUGAUAGUAAGGAUGCCAAGGUUUAACGCGAGCAGAGUAUCUGUCAGGCGCGGGCCGCUGUCAUGGUAUAUGAUGACGCCAAUAAGAAAUGGGUUCCGGCCGGCGGAUCCACGGGCUUCAGUCGAGUCCACAUCUAUCACCACACGGGCAACAACGCCUUCAGAGUAGUGGGCCGUAAGAUUCAGGACCACCAGGUGGUAAUAAACUGUGCCAUUCCCAAGGGGCUGAAAUACAACCAGGCAACACAAACCUUUCACCAGUGGCGAGACGCACGGCAGGUCUACGGCCUUAACUUUGGCAGCAAAGAGGAUGCCAAUGUAUUUGCCAGUGCCAUGAUGCAUGCCCUGGAGGUGCUGAACUCUCAGGAUGCAGGCCCCCCGUUGCCAAGACAGACCCCUCAGGUGCAGAAUGGCCCUUCACCAGAGGAGCUGGAGAUGCAGAGAAGGCAGCUGCAGGAGCUCCAGCGUCAGAAAGAGCAGGAGCGCGAGCGGCUUGACCGGGAACGUCUUGAGCGUGAACGGCUGGAGCGCGAGAUGCUGGAGAGGGAACGCCAGGAACGGGAGCGUCAGGAGAGAGAGCGGCUUGAGAGGGAACGUGCCGAGCAGGAACGUCUGGAGCGGGAACGUCAGGAGCAGCUGGAACGAGAACGCCAGGAAAGGGAGCGCGCCGAGCGGGAGAUGAUGGAGAGAGAGCGUGCCGAGAGAGAAAAGCAGGAGCACCAGGAGCAGCUGGACAGAGAGCAGAUGGACUGGGAAAGAGGAAGACGCAUCUCCAACGCCGCGUUUGAAAGCACCCUAUACACGCCCCUACCUCCCGAAUACAAUAAGACCACUUCCUCGUCACCUGCGUCUCCUUCCACACUCAGCUACCCAACACAAUCCGCCUCCACGGCCACCCCUCCCACCCCUCCCCUGCGUCAUUCGGCAUCCAGAUUCGCCACUUCGCUAGGCUCCGCCUUCCACCCUGUCCUGCCUCAUUACGCCACCGUCCCUCGCAGGCAACCCGCCCCACCCACGCCACCACCCCCAGCCCCACCUCCACCAGUUCCCGCCUCCAAAUCUGCAGUUUGGAUGGCCAGUAAUUUCAUGCCCCUACCGCCCUCUCCUCCAGUCAUGAUUAGCAGUCCACCCGGCAAGGCCACGGGCCCUCGCCCAGUUAUCGCCAUUCCCGCCCCCAGUCCGCUUUCCCAGAAACCCCCCUCACCCAUCAUGGCGCCCAACGGGCCACCUUCCUCGCUUCACUUCCACACCUCAUCUCCAGUCUCGGGUCAGCCUUUCUCAUCGCCGCCAACGCCACCCCCUCCGCCCCCCCUGUACUCGCCCUCGCCCACCAUGCCCCAUGUGUCGUGUCCCUCACCCCAGCCUGCUGUUGUCCCUUCUCCUUCCACAGCCUUCCCUGCCUCUGCUGAGCACUCUGUAAACUCUGGGUUGGGAGACUCCUGCUCCUCUGCUCCAGAGCUGCCUGCUGAUUUCCCCAGCCAGCCGGAUUUAGUACAGGGGACGCCCACCCCUCCACCUCCCCCGCCCCUUCCUCCCGGCUCCACUGUGACUCCCACCACUGCCGGACCACCGCCGCCCCCUGGCCCCCCUCCUCCUCCCCCGCCACCGCUCCCUCCUACACUUACCCCGACAGGGCCUCCCCCACCUCCCGGACCACCACCCCCACCCUCAGGCCAGGCUCCACCACCAGCACCACCUCCCGCCCCACCCUUACCCUCGGGUCUGUUCACCCCCUCACCCACCACAGAAGAGAACAAGGCCCUGUCUGGGCUCGCAGCCGCCCUCGCUGGAGCCAAGCUACGGAAAGUUUCAAGGCCUGAUGAGCCACCGACUCCACCUUUGGUCGGCGUUGCGAGUUCUGGUGGUGCCAAGCCCGAGGCAGCCCGUGGGAACGGCCUUUUACCUGGAGGAGGCGGUCUAAUGGAGGAAAUGAGCGCCCUGCUGGCCAGGAGGAGAAGAAUUGCAGAGAAGGGAUCAUCACCAGAGCCUGAGCAGAAAGCUGAGGAGUUUGAGGCAACCAUAACUCCGAAAGUGUCAGCCUGUAGCACACCAGACAUGCCCAGAAAGCCUUGGGAGAGGACAAACACAAUGAAUGGUAGCAAAUCGCCAGUCAUCGGAAGACCAAGGUCUACACCAACUCCUACCGGAUCCAUAAGUGCCAAUGGGGUGCCAACAGAAACUUUAGACUAUGACAGAUUGAAACAGGACAUUCUAGAGGAGAUGAGGAAGGAACUGUCAAAGCUGAAAGAAGAACUAAUAGAUGCAAUCAGGGAGGAGUUGGGCAAGUCAAACUCUGCAUAGGAUGAUGAGACGCAUCUGUAUUUUUACCCACGAGAUCAGCUUCGGUUUAAGACAUUAUCUCAAAAGCAAUGAAAAUGGACAAUUACAGUUUUAACCAGUGGUGAUCACAAUAACCAUGUUAUUCGGGAAGAUCUGUUGAGGAAGUUUUGAGCGUGAGGUCACGGGGGUGCAAGGGGAUGCCCAGAUGCCUCGAAAGCAAUGGCGUACUCCCAAAGCCCUGUUUUUUGGGGGGGUCAGGACACUUAAGGAAGCGAUUGUCCAUAUGCAAAGGAUGACUUUUACUGCGGAAGGCAAUUCGGAUGAUGGACACAAACUAUUACUGAACUACAUACUGUAUUAACCAUCGAAGAGUGAAAUUGUAAAUCGAGCUGAUGACAUUCAUUCUAUGGCACAUUGUUUAGCAAAGGGCAGGCUUUGUAUUUUAUGAAUUCUUUAAACGGUGGUGAUGAUGAUGAUGAUGAAGAAAUGUUAAUUCAGUUGGUCUUUAUAUAGAGCUGAAUCUUGAUCUCUGGCCAACCAAAUGUGUAUGGUGGUCUAUUGCUGCAGGACUCUAAAGCUUGUCUUCCUACUAUUUUAAUCACAAUAUGUACAUUAAAAUAAGAAGAAAAUAAACAUUAUACCCUCAUUCAGUCAACCUGUUCUGAUGUUCGCCAAGACCAUAUCAGGUAGCUUGGGAUGAUGAGUCUUCUGGUCGAUGAGCCGCUGUUACACGUAUACCUUCUUUGUCUCGUGUGUUCGCCGGGAAGAUUACGAGGGACAAUGCCUUUCUACUGUACAUCAUUGUAGCUCUUACCAAAAUCCUCUCAGCCAAUCAAAUCGAAGGUUGACGCCAACGUCGACCGGACCGUAUCUGUAGAUAGUGCUAACCAGAAAUACUAUGAAACUUUUUACUCACCGUAGGCUCUUUCGUAUUUCUUUCAAUUUCAGUGCAUGUCUUCUUAUGAGCUGUAAGGGAAAAACGGUUGCCACGAAAAUAAUUUUAGUUCGUAAGCAAUAAGUGUAGCAUCUUUACUCGUUUUCCCAUGUGUUUUUUCUUUAAGCCUAUCCACUCUGCCCUCAAACCGUGGAUGAUGUUCUCCAUAUGCAUACUCGUAGUGCAUUUCGCAAAAGGACAACUCUUAGCCAUAAUAAAUUUGCAGGGGUACGACAUCCUAUAAUUUAGGAUUUAAGGAUGCAAAAGAUCAUGCAUGGGAACUUAUUCUGCUUCUUCUGGGCCAAGCAGCACAUCAGAGACGAAUACAGGUUUGUGGCAUUAAGAAUGGUUUGGAUUUUUGUUUCUUUUUUUGUCCAAUCAUGUGUUGUUUAUUUUUGCAUUGACCUUUUCUGCACACUGGAGGGCGUUCGGCUCUGUAGAGGGGCUCUAUCUUCCAACAUGCUUUUGUUAGGGAACUUUUAUUGGGAAUGUGCUUUAUAAGAUGGAUAUCUUUGUAAAAACAUGAAGUGUGAUUAUAGGCUAUGUGAAUUUUACGAAAAAUCAUUGAAUUUAUUCUCUCGGAUCAAAUCUCUCCCCAACCCAUGGCAUGGUUGCAUCUGCUCACCUUUCAAUCCUACGUAAUUUCUUUUGUACUUCUUGUGCAGUUCACAACAAAUCCUUUUUGCCAUCACUGAAAAUAAUCUCUCAAGGAAUCAGAGCGUUUGUAUGGAGUGUUUACAGCAUUGAUUGCACUUUAAAAACCCAUAGAAAUUCAAAUUAUUAUAAUGCUGACAGGACAGCCGUCACUUUGUGGCUGGCAAUAUCACCAAAGCUAAACAGUGAGUUCAUCUCUAGAACGUCACACUCUCCUGAUCCACCCUUUGUUUUAACAACAAACAACUAUGGUUGGUUGAUCAUUAGGUUAAACAGGCGUAAUGUUUUGAUCAGGGUUGAUUCAUUCCUGGAUAAACCUGUUUGUGAUCCUCAUGGUUUGUGCCUUGUUCGGAAGUUGUAUUUGAUAUGUCAGAAAUGUAAAAGCGUAUAUAUAGAGAGUAUUAUUUUAGGGCCUGCCAUAACUUUGAUUGUUUUGCAUUUUCAGCGAGUUGCAAAGGAAGCUUUUAUGAUCUUGCAUUCUCAUUCUUCUGCGUCAUUUUCCUUUGCAAUUACGGUGUGGUUUGUGUUAAGGUUAAAACCAUGUAUGCUGGUGAGAUGUGAGAAACUGAUCUUUGUUGUGGUGGAAAUCAGUUGAUGAUGUUAUCAAUUUUGAACGUGUUGUCGGCACCUUGGGACAGGUCAUAUUUAACUGAACUUCCUUAAAAUGCAACUUUCAGUUUCUUUAUCUUUCUAUUUUAUCGUCAUGUUGUACCAUACUGUUUUCAUGUUCAUUAGAAGUUUCUUACAUGCUAACAUUGUUUUGUUUGAGCAAAUGAAAUAAAAAUUGCAAUACAU